AUGGUGGACCCAGUGACAGAAGAGGAGAAAGAGGGAGCGGAGCCUGGUGGCUCAGAAGGGGAUGGGGCCACAGCGUCCGUGCCCCCCGAUGCCCAGGGAGCCCAACAGCCUGCUGCCUCCUCGGCCUCAGCCUCCGCCGCAGCGCCCCGCAAGGCCGAAGUCCCCUGCGGAGCAGAAGGUGGGCGUCGGGAGCAGUCCCCGCUGCUGCACCUCGAUCUCUUCAACUUCGCCUGCCCCGAGGCAGAGGGCAGCCGCUACGUCCUGACCAGCCCCCGCUCACUAGAGGCAUGUGCCCGCUGUGCGGUCAAGCCAGUGGAGCUGCUGCCCCGGGCCCUGGCUGACCUGGUGCGCGAGGCCCCCGGCCGCUCCAUGCGCGUGGCCACGGGCCUGUACGAGGCCUACGAGGCCGAGCGGCUCGCCAAGUUGCAGCAGUGCCGUGCCGAGCGCGAGCGCAUCAUGCGCGAGGAGAAGCGGCGCCUGUUCACACCCAAGGGCCCGGCUGCAGCCCCGGCCCCGGCCUCGGCCUCCGCGCUGAGCGCGGGCAGCAGCAGUAGCUGCAGCAGCGGCAGCAGCCUCCCGGCCUCGCCCGCAUCGCGGGUGGCUCGAAGGACUUCACCCAGUCCCCCCGCCAGGACCCGACCUCCGCCCGCCACUGCUCGGACAGGUAGGAAGAGCCACUCGUUGGAUUCGCUGUCCCGCCGGCGGGACGGUGCCCUCAGCUCCGAAUCCGGCGCCUCGUCCUCCGGGUCUUACAGCGGGGAGAGCCUGCGGGAGCUUCGCUGGCCACCUCGAGCUUCCGCCAGGCACAGCUACCCUGCGGGGUCAGCGUCUUCUGCACCCAACCCCCUGGGCCGCCCUUCGGCUCUCGACCUGGCGCCACUCACGGCUCGCAGCUUCAGCCUCGGCGACCUGAGCCACUCGCCGCAGACCGCCCAGCACGUGGAGCGCAUUGUGCGCCAAGUACGCGCCGAGCGAGGCCUGCGCGGAGUCCCCGAGCGCGAUCGCAAGAUCGCCGCCCUCAUGCUGGCCAGACACCAGGAGGAGCGCCUGCUGCUGGAGCAGCGCGCCGCUGCCCACGGCCAGUGGGAGCAACAGCGCGUGCGCGCCGAGCAGCGGCGGGAGCGCGAGGAGCGCGAGAAGCAGCGCGCGCUGGAGCAGGGCCGGCGCGCCUGGGAGGCACAGGUGGAGGAGCGCCGGGGCCGCCGUGGCAGGGAGGAGCGCGAGGCAGCGCGGAGGCGGCAGCAGCAGUGCGAGCGCAGCGAGGAGCGUCGGCGAGAGCUGGCGGAGCGCCAGGGCCUGCUGCGGCGGGAGAGGGCAGAGCGCGCGGCGCGCGACGACAGGCAGCGCAAGUUGCAGCAGGAGCAGAACCUGAAGCAGCGCGAGGAGGGCCUGCAGGAAGGGCGGGAGCGUGCCGAGCUGGCCCGCCGGGAGCGCGCCCAACGGGCGGCGCGGGCCAAGCAGCGCCAGGAGGGGCAGCUGCGGCAGGAGAAGCGGGAGCUGAGCCGGGCCGAGCGGGCGCGCCACGAGGCGCUGCUUCGAGGCCGGGUCCGGCAGCAGCACGAGGAGCGGGAGGGCCUGCGGAGCUCCCUGGAGGCCAGCUUGGGCCGCGCGCAGGAGAACUACGAGCAGCUGCAGGAGCAGCGCGCCCGGGAGCUUCGGGAGCGAGCCCGGAAGGAGGAGCUGCAGGGUCGGCGGGCGAAGGAGGCGGCCGAGCGCAAAGAGCGCGAGCAUCAGGCGCACUUAGAGGCGCUGGCGCGGGCCGGCGAGCGACGGCUGCAGCACGCGGCGCAGGUGGCCGAAGAGGCGGUGCAGCAGAAAGCCCGGCGCGUGGUUCAGACUCGUCUGGAGAAGGAGAGGACCCAGCGAGCCAACAAGGAGAAGGUGGAACGUGACGAAGACUGCCGCCGCCGGGAGCUGCUGCAGGCCAUCGGGCGCAAGCUGGAGCGCAGCGAGCAGCUGUCUAGGGAGAGGCGAAGCGCGCUAGAGAGUGCUCGCUCCACAGCCCGGGCCUCCUUCCACGUGCGGGAGAAGGUGAGGGAGGAGACCAACACGCGCUCAUUUGACCGUAUGGUGCGAGAGGCCCAGCUACAUGCCAGCCUGGACCGUAAAUGA